GUCCGCGCCUCCCUCUCCGCCCUAGCCCGCACCAGCACCGGCUUCUCCCUGCCCCAGCCGCACCUCGACCGCACCCGCCUCUGCGACAUCCCGGACGCGCAGCUGGACCCCGGAUAUGUACGGCAGCGGGAGGCGCUCAAGGCGCUCGUACGGCAGCUGGCUGCGCCCAAGUCGCUGCACGGGCGGGUGAUGCGCGGUCCGGAGCUGGCGGGGCUGGUGGCGCGCAUGGUGGCGGCGCUGAAUGAGCAGGAGAUCCCCACCGCCACCUCGCUCCUCGCCGCCUUCAACCGCGACGUGCUGUCCCGCUGCGCCGCCAACUACUCCGCCGCGCUGGCUGCCGUGCCGCUGCCGGCGGAGGAGGAGCAGCUGGCGGCGGCGGAGGUGGAGGCCAGGGGGGCAGCGCUGGAGAUGCUGGGGGCACUGCAGAUCGGCAGACAGCGCGGAGUGGACACUCGGUCCGACCUGCUCCGCGAGCUGGACCGCUGCUACCAGGUGCGGCGCACGGAGAACUCGGCGGCCAGCAGCGCCGCGUGCAGCGAGGCGGAGAACGCGUGCGAGGAGGAGCUGGAUGCACUGCAGACCAUGCGGCUGCCCUCGCUGCGCAAGUUCGAGUCCGCCCACGCGCGCUGCGAGGCCGCCUUCCGCCGCCGCUGCAGGGGCCCGGGCCGGGCGAGUAACGAGGAGCGGCUGGAGCGGGCGUGGGUGCGGGCCAGCAAGGCGUUCGGCAGGGACUACAAUG